AUGCUUCGCCGCCUGCCAAACCUUACCAAAAUGGCCGAAAGCGCAGCAAAGCGUCUGAAAUCAGACCUCUCCCCCGAGCCCAUCACCAUCGGCACGCACAAUGGCCACUUCCACGCCGACGAGGCCCUGGCCGUCUACAUGCUGCGCACGCACAUCCCGCGGUACCACGGCGCCAAGCUGGUGCGGACGCGCGACCCGGCCGUGCUGGCGACGUGCGACACCGUCGUCGACGUCGGCGGCGAGUACGACCCCGAGCGCAACCGCUACGACCACCACCAGCGCACCUUCACCACCACCUUCCCCGGCCGCACCGCCACCAAGCUGAGCUCCGCGGGGCUGGUGUACAUGCACUUUGGCAAGGAGAUCAUCGCGGGCCGCCGCGGCGCCGCGGGCGAGGGCUCGUCGAGCGACUUCUCGACGGUGGACCUGCUGUACGGCAAGAUCUACGAGAGCUUCGUCGAGGCGCUCGACGCGCACGACAACGGCGUCAGCGCGUACGACCCGGCGGCGCUGGCGGCCGCGGGCGUCGAGAGGCGCUUCUCCGAGGGCGGCUUCUCGCUCGGCGCCAUGGUCGGCCGCCUGAACCCGAGCUGGAACGACCCGGCGCCCGCGGACCCGGCCGCCGCGCAGGCCGCCGAGGACGCGCGCUUCGUCGAGGCCAGCGCCCGCAUCGGGCAGGAGUUCGACCGCGACCUCGACUACUACAUCCGCGCGUGGCUGCCGGCGCGGGACAUUGUGGCGCGGGCGUACGGCGAGAAGGCGCGGUACGACCCCCAGGGCCGCAUCAUGGUGCUCAGCGGCCAGUCGUGCCCGUGGAAGGAUCACCUGUACUCGCUGGAGGAGGAGUCGCCCGACAGCGGCAAGGCGCUGUACGUGCUGUACCCGGAGAAGCCCGCGCCGGACGCAAAGUGGAGAGUGCAGGCCGUGCCGGUGAGCAAGGACUCGUUCGAGAGCCGCAAGCCGCUGCCCAAGGAGUGGAGGGGCUUCAGAGAUGAGGAGCUUGACAAGGUCUCUGGCGUCCCGGGGUGUGUCUUUGUGCACGCAGCGGGCUUCAUCGGCGGUAACAAGACAUUUGAGGGUGCGUUGGAGCUGGCGAAGAAGGCUCUGGACUUGUAG